AUGGCUAAGGCACCACCCCAUUCGCACGUGCGUCUCGUUCUAGGACUAAACCUCCUUCCUACCUCCCUCCCUUCCUUCCUUCUUUCCUUCCUUCUUUCCUUCCUUUAUUGUUCUUUACAUUUCCGUUUUCCUUUCUUUCCUCAUUUAUUCUUUCUAUUCUUCUUUCUUUACACUUCCGUUUUCCUUCCUCCCUUUCUUCCUUUCUUCCUUCCUUCUUUCUAUCAUUCAUUCUUACACUUCCGUUUUCCUCCGCCCCAUUUCUUCCUUUCUUUCUUCCUUCUUUCUAUCAUUCGUUCAUUACACUUCCGUUUUCUUCCCUCCCUUUCUUCCUUUCUUUCUUCCUUCUUUCUAUCAUUCGUUCUUUACACUUCCGUUUUCCUCCCUCCCUUUCUUCCUUUCUUUCUUCCUUCUUUCUAUCCUUCGUUCUUUACACUGCCUCGUUUCCUUCUUUCUAUCAUUCGUUCUUUACACUUCCGUUUUUCCUCCUCCAUUUCUUCCUUUCUUUCUUCCAUCUUUCUAUCCUUCGUUCUUUACACGUCCAUUUUCCUGCCUCCCUUUCUUCCUUUCUUUCUUCCAUCUUUCUAUCCUUCAUUCUUUACACUUCCGUUUUCCUCCCUCCCUUUCUUCCUUUCUUUCUUCCUUCUUUCUAUCCUUCGUUCUUUACACUUCCAUUUUCCUCCCUCCCUUUCUUCCUUUCUUUCUUCCAUCUUUCUAUCCUUCGUUCUUUACACUUCCGUUUUCCUCCACCGCCUUUCUUCCUUUCUUUCUUCCAUCUUUCUAUCCUUCGUUCUUUACACUUCCGUUUUCCUCCCUCCCUUUCUUCCUUUCUUUCUUCCAUCUUUCUAUCCUUCGUUCUUUACACGUCCAUUUUCCUGCCUCCCUUUCUUCCUUUCUUUCUUCCUUCUUUCUAUCAUUCGUUCUUUACACUUCCGUUUUCCUCCCUCCCUUUCUUCCUUUCUUUCUUCCUUCUUUCUAUCCUUCGUUCUUUACACUUCCGUUUUCCUCCCUCCAUUUCUUCCUUUCUUUCUUCCAUCUUUCUAUCCUUCGUUCUUUACACGUCCAUUUUCCUGCCUCCCUUUCUUCCUUUCUUUCUUCCUUCUUUCUAUCAUUCAUUCUUUACACUUCCGUUUUCCUCCUCCCUUUCUUCCUUUUCUUUCUUCCUUCUUUCUAUCCUUCGUUCUUUACACUUCCGUUUUUCCUCCAUUUCUUCCUUUCUUUCCUUUCUUUCUUCCAUCCUUUCUAUCCUUCUUUCUUUUUACACUUCCCGUUUUUCCUUUCCUCCCUUUCUUCCUUUCUUCCUUCCUUCUUUCUAUCAUUCGUUCUUUACACUUCCGUUUUCAUCCUCCCUUUCUUCCUUUCUUUCUUCCAUCUUUCUAUCCUUCGUUCUUUACACUUCCGUUUUCCUCCCUCCCUUUCUUUCUUUCUUUCAUUCUUCCUUCUUUCUAUCCUUCGUUCUUUACACUUCCGUUUUCCUCCCUCCCUUUCUUCCUUUCUUUCUUCCCUCUUUCUAUCCUUCGUUCUUUACACUUCCGUUUUCCUCCCUCCCUUUCUUUCUUUCUUUCUUCCAUCUUUCUAUCCUUCGUUCUUUACACUUCCGUUUUCCUCCCUCCCUUUCUUCCUUUCUUUCUUCCUUCUUUCUAUCAUUCGUUCUUUACACUUCCGUUUUCCUCACUCCCUUUCUUCCUUUCUUUCUUCCAUCUUUCUAUCCUUCGUUCUUUACACUUCCGUUUUCCUCCCUCCCUUUCUUCCUUUCUUUCUUCCUUCUUUCUAUCCUUCGUUCUUUACACUUCCGUUUUCCUCCCUCCCUUUCUUCCUUUCUUUCUUCCUUCUUUCUAUCAUUCGUUCUUUACACUUCCUUUUUCCUCCCUCCCUUUCUUUCUUUCUUUCUUUCUUCCUUUCUUUCUAUCCUUCGUUCUUUACACUUCCGUUUUUUCCUCCCUCCCUUUCUUUCUUUUCUUUCUUCCUUCUUUCUAUCCUUCGUUCUUUACACUUCCAUUUUUCCCUCCUUUCUUUCUUUCUUUCUUCCUUCUUUCUAUCCUUCGUACUUUACACUUCCGUUUUCCUCCUCCCUUUCUUCAUUUUCUUUCUUCCUUCUUUCUAUCCUUCGUUCUUUACACUUCCGUUUUCCUCCCUCCUUUCUUUCUUUCUUUCUUUCUUUCUUCCUUCUUUCUAUCUAUCGUUCUUUUGCACUUCCGUUUUUCCUACCUCCCUUUCUUCCUUUCUUUCUUCCUUCUUUCUAUCCUUCGUUCUUUACACUUCCGUUUUCCUCCUCCCUUUCUUUCUUUCUUUUUUCUCCCUUUUUCUAUCCUUCGUUCUUUACACUUCCGUUUUCCUCCCUCCCUUUCUUCCUUUCUUUCUUCCUUCUUUCUAUCCUUCGUUCUUUUACUUCCGUUUUUCUUCCCUCCCUUUUCCUUUCUUUCUUCCUUCUUUCUAUCAUUCGUUCUUUACACUUCCGUUUUCCUCCUCCCUUUCUUCCUUUCUUUCUUCCUUCUUUCUAUCCUUCGUUCUUUACACUUCCGUUUUCCUCCCUCCCUUUCUUCCUUUUCUCUUCCUUCUUUCUAUCCUUCGUUCUUUACACUUCCGUUUUCCUCCCUCCCUUUCUUUCUUUCUUUCUUUCUUCCUUCUUUCUAUCCUUCGUUCUUUACAUUUCCAUUUCCUCCUCCCUUUCUUCCUUUCUUUCUUCCUUCUUUCUAUCCUUCGUUCUUUACACUUCCGUUUUCCUCCACCCCUUUCUCCCUUUCUUUCUUCCAUCUUUUCUAUCCUUCGUUCUUUACACUUCCGAUUUCCCCCCCCCUUUUUCCUUUCAUUCUUCCUUCUUUCUAUCCUUCGUUCUUUACAUUUCCAUUUCCUCCCUCCCUUUCUUCCUUUCUUUCUUCCUUCUUUCUAUCCUUCGUUCUUUACACUUCCAUUUUCCUCCCUCCCUUUCUUCCUUUCUUUCUUCCAUCUUUCUAUCCUUCGUUCUUUACACUUCCGUUUUCCUCCCUCCCUUUCUUUCUUUCUUUCAUUCUUCCUUCUUUCUAUCCUUCGUUCUUUACACUUCCGUUUUCCUCCUCCCUUUCUUUCUUUCUUUCUUCCAUCUUUCUAUCCUUCGUUCUUUUCCACUUCCUUUUUUCCUUCCUCCCUUUUCUUCCUUUUCUUUCUUCCUUCUUUCUAUCAUUCGUUCUUUACACUUCGUUUUCCUCCUCCCUUUCUUCCUUUCUUUCUUCCAUCUUUCUAUCCUUCGUUCUUUACACUUCCGUUUUCCUCCUCCUUUCUUCCUUUCUUUCUUCCUUCUUUCUAUCCUUCGUUCUUUACACUUCCGUUUUCCUCCUCCUUUCUUCCUUUCUUUCUUCCUUCUUUCUAUCAUUCGUUCUUUACACUUCCUUUUUCCUCCCUCCCUUUCUUUCUUUCUUUCUUUCUUCCUUCUUUCUAUCCUUCGUUCUUUACACUUCCGUUUUCCUCCCUCCCUUUCUUCCUUUCUUUCUUCCUUCUUUCUAUCCUUCGUUCUUUACACUUCCGUUUUCCUCCCUCCCUUUCUUCCUUUCUCUCUUCCUUCUUUCUAUCCUUCGUUCUUUACACUUCCGUUUUCCUCCCUCCCUUUCUUUCUUUCUUUCUUUCUUUCUUCCUUCCUUCUUUCUAUCCUUCGUACUUUACACUUCCGUUUUCCUCCCUCCCUUUCUUCAUUUCUUUCUUCCUUCUUUCUAUCCUUCGUUCUUUACACUUCCGUUUUCCUCCCUCCCUUUCUUUCUUUCUUUCUUUCUUUCUUCCUUCUUUCUAUCUAUCGUUCUUUGCACUUCCGUUUUCCUACCUCCCUUUCUUCCUUUCUUUCUUCCUUCUUUCUAUCCUUCGUUCUUUACACUUCCGUUUUCCUCCCUCCCUUUCUUUCUUUCUUUCAUUCUCCCUUUUUUCUAUCCUUCGUUCUUUACACUUCCGUUUUCCUCCCUCCCUUUCUUCCUUUCUUUCUUCCUUCUUUCUAUCCUUCGUUCUUUACACUUCCGUUUUCCUCCACCCCCUUUCUCCCUUUCUUUCUUCCAUCUUUCUAUCCUUCGUUCUUUACACUUCCGAUUUCCCCCCUCCCUUUUUUCCUUUCAUUCUUCCUUCUUUCUAUCCUUCGUUCUUUACAUUUCCAUUUUCCUCCCUCCCUUUCUUCCUUUCUUUCUUCCUUCUUUCUAUCCUUCGUUCUUUACACUUCCGUUUUCCUCCCUCGCUUUCUUCCUUUCUUUCUUCCAUCUUUCUAUCCUUCGUUCUUUACACUUCCGUUUUCCUCCCUCCCUUUCUUUCUUUCUUUCAUUCUUCCUUCUUUCUAUCCUUCGUUCUUUACACUUCCGUUUUCCUCCCUCCCUUUCUUCCUUUCUUUCUUCCCUCUUUCUAUCCUUCGUUCUUUACACUUCCGUUUUCCUCCCUCCCUUUCUUUCUUUCUUUCUUCCAUCUUUCUAUCCUUCGUUCUUUACACUUCCGUUUUCCUCCCUCCCUUUCUUCCUUUCUUUCUUCCUUCUUUCUAUCAUUCGUUCUUUACACUUCCGUUUUCAUCCCUCCCUUUCUUCCUUUCUUUCUUCCAUCUUUCUAUCCUUCGUUCUUUACACUUCCGUUUUUCCUCCUCCCUUUCUUCCUUUCUUUCUUCCUUCUUUCUAUCCUUCGUUCUUUACACUUCCGUUUUCCUCCUCCCUUUCUUCCUUUCUUUCUUCCUUCUUUCUAUCCUUCGUUCUUUACACUUCCGUUUUCCUCCCUCCCUUUCUUCCUUUCUUUCUUCAUUUUCUAUCCUUCGUUCUUUACACUUCCGUUUUCCUCCUCCCUUUCUUCCUUUCUUUCUUCCUUCUUUCUAUCCUUCGUUCUUUACACUCCCGUUUUCCUCCCUCCCUUUCUUUCUUUCUUUCUUCCUUCUUUCUAUCCUUCGUUCUUUACACUUCCGUUUUUCUUCCUCCCUUUCUUUCUUUCUUUCUUUCUUCCUUCUUUCUAUCCUUCGUUCUUUACAUUUCCAUUUUUCCUCCCUCCUUUCUUCCUUUCUUUCUUCCUUCUUUCUAUCCUUCGUUCUUUACACUUCCGUUUUCCUCCACCCCUUUCUCCCUUUCUUUCUUCCAUCUUUCUAUCCUUCGUUCUUUACACUUCCGUUUUCCCCCCUCCUUUUUUCCUUUCAUUCUUCCUUCUUUCUAUCCUUCGUUCUUUACACUUCCGUUUUUUCCUCCCUCCCUUUCUUUCUUUCUUUCAUUCUUCCUUCUUUCUAUCCUUCGUUCUUUACACUUCCGUUUUCCUCCUCCCUUUCUUCCUUUCUUUCUUCCCUCUUUCUAUCCUUCGUUCUUUACACUUCCGUUUUCCUCCUCCUUUCUUUUUCUUUCUUUCUUCCUUCUUUCUAUCCUUCGUACUUUUACACUUAAUUUUCCUCCCUCCUUUCUUCCUUUUCUUUCUUCCUUCUUUCUAUCCUUCGUUCUUUACACUUCCGUUUUCCUCCCUCCCUCCCUUUCUUUCUUUCUUUCUUUCUUCUUUCUUUUCUAUCUUUCGUUCUUUACACUUCCGUUUUCCUCCUCCCUUUCUUCCUUUCUUUCUUCCUUCUUUCUAUCCUUCGUUCUUUACCUCCCGUUUUCUUCCUCUCUUUUUCAUUUCUUUCUUCCUUCUUUCUAUCUUUCGUUCUUUACACUUCCGUUUUCCUCCCUCCCUUUCUUCCUUUCUUUCUUCCUUCUUUCUAUCCUUCGUUCUUUACACUCCCGUUUUCUUCCCUCCCUUUUUCCUUUCUUUCUUCCUUCUUUCUAUCAUUCGUUCUUUACACUUCCGUUUUCCUCCCUCCCUUUCUUCCUUUCUUUCUUCCUUCUUUCUAUCCUUCGUUCUUUACACUUCCGUUUUCCUCCCUCCCUUUCUUCCUUUCUUUCUUCCUUCUUUCUAUCCUUUGUUCUUUACACUUCCGUUUUCCUCCCUCCCUUUCUUUCUUUCUUUCUUUCUUCCUUCUUUCUAACCUUCGUUCAUUACAUUUCCGUUUUCCUCCCUCCCUUUCUUCCUUUCUUUCUUCCUUCUUUCUAUCCUUCGUUCUUUACACUUCCGUUUUCCUCCCUCCCUUUCUUCCUUUCUUUCUUCCUUCUUUCUAUCCUUCGUUCUUUACACUUCCGUUUUCCCCCCUCCCUUCUCUUCUUUUCUUUCUUCCUUCUUUCUAUCCUUCGUUCUUUACACUUCCGUUUUCCUCCCUCCCUUUCUUCCUUUCUCCCUUCCAUCUUUCUAUCAUUCGUUCUUUACACUUCCGUUUUCCUCCCUCCCUUUCUUCCUUUCUUUCUUCCAUCUUUCUAUCCUUCGUUCUUUACACUUCCGUUUUCUUCCCUCCCUUUUUCCCUUUCUUUCUUCCAUCUUUCUAUCAUUCAUUUUUACACUUCCGUUUUCCUCCCUCCCUUUCUUCCUUUCUUUCUUCCAUGUUUCUAUCCUUCGUUCUUUACACUUCCGUUUUCCUCCCUCCCUUUCUUCCUUUCUUUCUUCCAUCUUUCUAUCCUUCGUUCUUUACACUUCCGUUUUCCUCCCUCCCUUUCUUUCUUUCUUUCUUUCAUUCUUCCUUCUUUCUAUCCUUCGUUAUUUACACUUCCGUUUUCCUCCCACCCUUUCUUCCUUUCUUUCUUCCUUCUUUCUAUCCUUCGUUCUUUACACUUCCGUUUUCCUCCCUCCCUUUCUUUCUUUCUUUCUUCCUUCUUUCUAUCCUUCGUACUUUACACUUCCGUUUUCCUCCCUCCCUUUCUUCCUUUCUUUCUUCCUUCUUUCUAUCCUUCGUUCUUUACACUUCCGUUUUCCUCCCUCCCUUUCUUUCUUUCUUUCUUUCUUCCUUCUUUCUAUCUUUCGUUCUUUACACUUCCGUUUUCCUCCCUCCCUUUCUUCCUUUCUUUCUUCCUUCUUUCUAUCCUUCGUUCUUUACACUUCCGUUUUCCUCCCUCUCUUUCUUUCUUUCUUUCUUUCUUUCUUGCUUCUUUCUAUCCUUCGUUCUUUACACUUCCGUUUUCCUCCCUCCCUUUCUUCCUUUCUUUCUUCCUUCUUUCUAUCCUUCGUUCAUUACACUUCCGUUUUCUUCCCUCCCUUUUUCCUUUCUUUCUUCCUUCUUUCUAUCAUUCGUUCCUUACACUUCCGUUUCCUCCCUCCCUUUCUUUCUUUCUUUCUUCCUUCUUUCUAUCCUUCGUUCUUUACACUUCCGUUUUCCUCCCUCCCUUUCUUCCUUUCUUUCUUCCUUCUUUCUAUCCUUCGUUCUUUACACUUCCGUUUUCCUCCCUCCCUUUCUUUCUUUCUCUCUUUCUUCCUUCUUUCUAUCCUUCGUUCUUUACACUUCCGUUUUCCUCCCUCCCUUUCUUCCUUUCUUUCUUCCUUCUUUCUAUCCUUCGUUCUUUACACUUCCGUUUUCCUCCACCCCCUUUCUCCCUUUCUUUCUCCCAUCUUUAUAUCCUUCGUUCUUUACACUUCCGUUUUUCCCCUCCCUUUCUUCCUUUCUUUCUUCCUUCUUUCUAUCCUUCGUUCUUUACACUUCCGUUUUCCUCCCUCCCUUUCUUCCUUUCUCCCUUCCAUCUUUCUAUCAUUCAUUUUUACAAUUUUUCGUUUUCUCCUCCCUUUCUUCCUUUCUUUCUUCCAUCUUUCUAUCCUUCGUUCUUUACACUUCCGUUUUCUUCCUCCCUUUUCCCUUUCUUUCUUCCAUCUUUCUAUCAUUAUUUUUUACACUUCCGUUUUCCUCCUCCCUUUUUCCCUUUCUUUCUUCCAUCUUUCUAUCCUUCGUUUUACACUUUCAUUUUUUCUCCUCCCUUUCUUCCUUUCUUUCUUCCUUCUUUCUAUCCUUCGUUCUUUACACUUUCGUUUUCCUCCUCCCUUUCUUUCCUUUCUUUCUUCCUUCUUUCUAUCAUUCGUUCUUUACACUUCCGUUUUCCUCCUCCCUUUCUUCCUUUCUCCCUUCCUUCUUUCUAUCAUUCAUUCUUUACACUUCCGUUUUCCUCCCUCCCUUUCUUCCUUUCUUUCUUCCUUCUUUCUAUCAUUCGUUCUUUACACUUCCUUUUUCCUCCACCCCCUUUUUCCCUUUCUUUCUUCCAUCUUUCUAUCUUUCAUUCUUUACACUUCCGUUUUCCUCCCUCCCUUUCCUCCUUUCUUUCUUCCUUCUUUCUAUCCUUCGUUCUUUACACUUCCGUUUUCCUCCCUCCCUUUCUUCCUUUCUUUCUUCCUUCUUUCUAUCAUUCGUUCUUUACACUUUCGUUUUUCUCCCUCCCUUUCUUCCUUUCUUUCUUCCUUCUUUCUAUCCUUCGUUCUUUACACUUCCGUUUUCCUCCCUCCCUUUCUUCCUUUCUUUCUUCCUUCUUUCUAUCAUUCGUUCUUUACACUUCCGUUUUCCUCCCUUCCUUUCUUCCUUUCUCCCUUCCUUCUUUCUAUCAUUCGUUCUUUACACUUCCGUUUUCCUCCCUCCCUUUCUUUCUUUCUUUCUUCCUUCUUUCUAUCCUUCGCACUUUACACUUCCGUUUUCCUCCCUCCCUUUCUUCCUUUCUUUCUUCCAUCUUUCUAUCCUUUGUUCGUUACACUUUCGUUUUUCUUCCUUCCUUUCUUCCUUCCUUCUUUACAUAUUUCUUUUCUCAUCAUAUUGCUGUCUCCAGUUACAACAAUGAUUCACUCUACUGUUUAUUACAGUGA